AUGGAGUGGCAAGUCAUGCAGUUCCAGGUUCCCGGCAGGGAAGAAAUAAUAGAUGGAAGCUACCUGAAUGCAUUUCUGGAUCUCAUUCAGUUUCAAAGCUCCCAUGUGUGGACUGCAGACCUGUCCCACAGAGUCCUGGCCUAUCUGAAUUCACGGAACGUUCCCUUCACCAUCCCCAGCCUGCAGGCAGCUAUGGAAAACCACCUGGAACAAUGUUUGUACCAGCCCUGGAAACUGCUGGAGGACCUGAGGGGAACUGAUGCUCAGCAAUUCCGCACUGCCAUGAAAUGUCUCUUCGAAGACAAGAAGGACCGCUUGGAGCUGGAUGACAUCACUGUUGACUUGGGAGAGAUUCGGAAACAAGCCUUGCAGAGCCCGGGCGUGAACCGCAGCCUGUUUCUCAUCACACUGGAGAGGUGUUUCCAGGUGCUGAACCCCCUGGAGUGUGUGGAGAUCCUGGGCAGGGUGCUAAGGGGCUCCGCAGGCCACUUUCUCCAGCCGGAUAUCACGGAGAGGCUUCCCCGCGACCUGCGUGAAGACGCCUUCAAGAACCUGUCUGUGGUGUUCAAAGAUCUCUACGACCAAACCUCGGCCCAUUCCCAGAGGGCUCUCUACUCCUGGAUGACUGGGAUUUUGCAGACAUCCUCCAAUGGCACUGAUGACUCUGUUUCAUGGGUCAGUGCAGAAAACUUAUGGAUUUUGGGCAGAUAUAUGGUUCACCUAUCCUUUGAAGAAAUUAUGAAUAUCAGUCCUAUAGAAAUUGGGCUGUUUAUCAGCUAUGACAACGCCACCAAGCAGCUGGACACGGUUUAUGACAUCACACCUGAACUGGCCCAGGCAUUUCUGGAGAGAAUCAGCUCCUCCAACUUUGAUGUGAGGAAUACCUCUACCAUCCACAGGCAAGGGGCUUGGGCGUUGGGCCCUUAGAGCUGUUUGCUGGGGCUGCUGGUUUGUUUCUAUGAUGACCUGGAGCUGCUGGACGCCGCUGUGGCCCAAGUCCUCCUUCACCAGAUGAUCAAGUGCAGCCACCUGAGGGGCUUCCAGGCUGGAGUUCAGAAGCUCAAAGCCGACCUCCUGGAAAUUGCCACAGAGAACCAGACCCUCAACGAGACCCUGGGCUCUUUGUCGGAUGCAGUCGUGGGCUUGACCCACAGUCAGCUGGACUCCCUGUGCCCUGAGGCUGUGCACAGUGCCAUCUCGACCCUCAACCAGGUCUCGGGCUGGGCCAAGAGCCAGGUCAUCAUCUUGUCUGCCAAAUACCUGGCCCAUGCGAAGGUGCUGUCCUUCUACAACGUCAGCCAGAUGGGCGUGCUGCUGGCUGGGGUGGGCACCCAGGCCUUCCACGCCAUGGACCGCAGGGACCUCGUGCAGCUACUGAGAAGCGCCAUCUCCCUGCACGUGUCCGACUUGUCACCUGCCCAGCAGCACGGUGUCUUGAGCAAGGUGAUGGAAGCAGGAGAUACCACCUCAGGCAUUGUGGAAAUACAAGGGCCUUUCUUUAAGGAAGUGUCUCUCUUUGAUUUAUGGAGGGAACCUGGAUUCAACUCCACAGUCCUGAAAGAGAAGGAGCUCCGGCGGAGUCAGGCCUUGUUCCUGUUUGAGCUUCUGUCAAAGACAACCAGGAGGCCCGAGGAGCUCUUGAGCGCAGGGCAGCUGGUCAAAGGUGUGAUGUGCUCCCACAUUGAGGCCAUGAGCGUGGACUCCUUUCUGGCUCAUUUCCAGUAUUUUGAGAACAACUUCUCUCUGCUUUCACCGUAUCAGAUUAAUUGUUUGGCGUGGAAAUACUGGGAAGUUUCCAGGUCCUCUAUGCCACCCUUCCUCUUGGCUACACUCCCGGCUCGCUACCUGGCUUCUGUCCCAGCCUCCCAGUGUGUGCCCUUUCUCAUCAGCCUGGGGAAGAGUCAGUUGGACUCCUUGGUUUUAGAUUCCCACAAAAAGAAUUCAGUCCUCAAGAAAGUACAGCAGUGCCUGAAUGGCUCUGUUGCUGAUGAGUACACCGUGGACAUCCUGGGAAACUUGCUCUGUCACUUGCCAGCGGCCGUCAUCCACCGUGGGGUGUCCCCCAGGGCCUGGGCCACUGCCCUGCACAGCCUCAGAGACUGCCUGGACCUCAGCCCCCAGCAGAAGGUGGCGGUGAGGCUCAGGCUCUUGGAACAGCACGGACUCCCCCAGAACUGGACAGCUGAGACUACAAAGGAUUUGGGACCCUUUCUAGUACUUUUCUCAGGAGAGGAAUUAAGUUCUGUUGCCACAAAGUUUCCUGACAUCCUUCAACAGACAGCUUCCAAGAUGGCUGGGACUUUGCCCCCCAAAGAAUUCCUCCAGGCUGUCUUUGAAUCUGUUCGGAACAGCAGUGAGGAGAGCCCCAGCUCUGACCGCAGCCCUGAUUGCCGUGGAGUCUCGGCUCCUUCCUCCAAUGACAUCAUCAAGCUGGCCGAAGCCAACGCCUGCUGGGCCCCGGAGGGCCUGCUCUGCCUGGGGGAGGAUGCGUUCCUCAGGAGCGUGGAGCUGCUGGGGGCCGUCAGGAGCUUCAGCCCAGCUCAGCUGAGGACCCUGAAGGAGAAGGCAGUACAGGUUUGGGACGCGCCUUCGUACUGGAGAGAGUACCAUCUCGCCUCCCUGGGGCGCAUUGUUCUGGCUCUUACUGAGGGCGAGCUGCAGCAGCUGGAUCUCAGCUCCAUCGACACUGUGGCUUCCCUCAGCCAGCAGACAGAGUGGACCCCGGGGCAGGCUAAAUCCAUUCUGCAAGGGUUCCUGGAGGAUUCAGGCUAUAGUGUCCAGGAUCUGAAGAGCUUCCACUUAGUAGGACUUGGUGCAACCCUGUGUGCCAUGAACAUCACCGAAAUCUCACUUAUAAAGAUCUCAGAAUUCAGGGUGGUGGUGGCCAGAAUUGGGACCCUGCUCUGCAGCACCCACGUCUUGGCAGAGUUUAAGAGGAAGGCAGAAGUUGUGUUUGGGGGGCCCACCGAGUGGUCCAGCUCUGUCCUGCAGGAGCUUGGGACCAUUGCAGCUGGAUUAAGUAAGGAAGAGCUCCGAAUGCUUGACAAGGAUUUGAUGCCCUAUUUCCAGCCGUCAGCAAUCAAAUGCCUUCCUGAUGAGAUAUUCAAAGAGCUGUCCGCGGAGCAGAUCGCCUUCCUGGGCCCGGAAAACGCCGCGGCCGUGACCCCAGCCCAGCGCCGGCAGCUCAGCAUGUUGCAGCUGCAGAGCCUCCAGCGGGCGCUAGAUGGCGCCAAGACACGCUCCUGGCUGGACGCGCCUCCGAGCGCCAGCCCCACCCGGACCCCCUCCUCUGUUUCUCCUCCAGGAGCCUGGGUCUCGCAGGGUCUUGGGCUGGGCUGCCCUCUGCUGGUCCUGACGCCCAGGCUCGUGUGGUGAGCGGCAUUUGCGCAUUGCCCUGGGGCCCAGGCAGCUGCCUAGGGCAUGUGGAGACCGAGGGCGCUGCAGACGGUGGGAGUCCCGCACGCCGACUCAGAGCCUCAGUGGGGGCAGGGAGACCCCGGGGCCUUGGAACUGAAGAGACGCUAAAAGGAAGAAUAAUGGUUGAAAAUGAUCUCGCACGUUCUUAACCUGGCUUGUGUCCUCUGCAGGGAGGCAUUCUCAGCCUCAUUUCAGUCUCCCUAGUUUUCCAGCUUGGAGACAGAGAAGCUGGGGAGGGAGGGGUGUUUCCUGUCAAAGCGUGAAGACCUUAGUACAAGUUACUGCCCUCCCUCCAGAGGGCGAUGCCGGAGAGCAGUGGGUGCAGGCAGAGGUGCCGUUUUUGCCAGGGCCUGAUAUGGCUUCAAUUCUGGCUUAAUUUCCCCUCCUUGGAGCUACGGGGCACAUUGGAUUUCUCCUUCUUAGAUACUUCGCAGAGCUGAAAUAAAUGAAUCCCGCAACA